AUGUCGUCGAGUAUGUACCACCAAUGGUGGCACGCAAUUGCCAGGGCAAUGGCUCCGCCACCGAAGCCGGACGACCACUGUUCGCAAAGCGCACAAAGCAAACCACCUUCGCCGUCCCCCGACAAGCAAUACCUUCUCAACCUACCACCCGAGCUUCGGAAUAGGAUCUACGAAUACGCGCUCUUCCACUCGACCUGCAUAUCCUUUCCAAACUGGCUCAUCACAGAGCCAGGCCUGCUCCGCUGCAACCGACAGAUCCGCGAGGAGACUUACUCGAUGUUCUGGAGCCUCAACACUUUCCACUUCGGCGACACAAAGACCGCGGAAAUUGGUCUCACUGGUCUCCAUGCCAAGAAGAUCGUGGCCUUGCGAUCUGUUCGUGCCUGCAGCGCAGAUGUCGCGGUUCAGUCUCGAGACUGGUUGAAGUAUGUUGACUUCAGGCUACGCGGAUUGUGGGCGGCGUGUGAGGAGAAGGGUCUGGCGCCGGAUGUAAUCAAGAUGCCGCUGAAGGUUACGGGCGAGGAGGAGGUUCAGUGGGUCUCUCUGGAGGAGGCGGACGACUUCGAAAUCGGAGUAGGGGGCUUUGUGGUGCGAAAGAAGGAUUUGAUGCCACACUGA